AUGACUGAAACCACCACCACCGCGCUCGUCCUCCACGGCGCAAAGGACCUCCGCCUGGAACAACGCACCAUCCCCACCCCAGCCGACUCCGAAGUCCAAGUCUCCGUCCGCGCAACCGGCCUCUGCGGCUCAGACCUGCACUACUACAGCCACGGCCGCAAUGGCGACUUCGUCGUCCGCAGCCCAAUGUGUCUCGGCCACGAAUCCGCCGGCACCGUCACAGCCACCGGUUCCAGCGUCACAAACCUCAAAGUCGGAGACCGCGUAGCCCUAGAAGUCGGUCUCCCCUGCCGGACCUGCGCUCUCUGCAAACAAGGCCGCUACAACAUCUGCAAAGCAAUGCAGUUCCGCAGCUCCGCCAAGCAAUUCCCCCACCUGGACGGCACUCUCAUGGAGCGCACAAACCACCCAGCCGACAUGUGCCACUCCCUCCCGGAUAGCGUCUCCGACGCUGGCGGCGCUCUAGUCGAGCCUCUAGCCGUGACACUUCACGCCGUCCGUCGCUCCCGCCCUCCCUCCAAAGACGAAGUGGCCGCAAACCGCGCCGCCGGCGAAGAGACCGCCGCGCUGGUCUUCGGCGCCGGCGCAAUCGGUCUCCUCCUGGCUGGUGCGCUCGCUACCAGCGAGAACUUCUCCAAGAUCAUUGUCGCGGAUAUCGACGAGCGCCGACUCCAGAUCGCCGACUCAAUGGGACUCGGUCUGAAGACCAUUUUGAUUCCCAGGGCUGAGACCCCGCCUCCUGCUAAGGACGCCCCACAUGCCGAGCAGACUGCUUAUGCGCUGGAGAAUGCGCAGAGGGUCGCGGGUGUGUUGACGGAGGCGGCUGGUGGCGAUGGCCUGGUGAUUCCGGGCUUCAGUCGUGUUUAUGAUUGUACGGGUGUGCCUGCUUGUGUUCAGGCGGGUAUUUAUGCUAGUGCGCCUGGUGGUGUUUUGGUGCAGAUUGGUAUGGGUAACCCCAUUCAGACGCUGCCUGUUGGCGCUGCGGCUUUGAGGGAGGUUGAUAUCAUUGGUGUCUUCCGGUAUGAUGGGUAUGCGUACCCUGCUGCUAUUGCGCUGUUGGCCGGUGGGAAGAUGAAGAGUGUGGAGGAGAAGGUUGUUACGCAUAGAUUGAAGCUCGAGGAGGGUGAGCGGGCAUUUACCCUUGCUGGAAAGGGAGUUGAUGAGGAUGGGAACCCUGUUGUCAAGGUUAUUAUUGAGAACAAACGGGGCUCGAACGGUUCUCUGUAG